UCAUUCAUUCCCGAGGCGCUUGGGGCAGGGCUGUUCCUGCUCUCACCGCCCCACGACUCCUGCCCUGGCUGCUGAAGGCCCCUUCCCGCCAUCUAAUGAUACACUCUGCAUACGCUUCUGUUGAAAAUUUGUGGCGAGACAUUCCUGUGGGACCGGGAAUCCAAAUUCUUGGGUACAAACAGAAACUUACUUUCCUUGGGGAUUUUUUUCCUCUCUCGCUCACACACACACUCUCGCGUUCUUUCCUUUUUUCUUUUUCGUAGCAGUAGGUGGGAGUUGGGGGGGGGGGAGAGGCAAAACGAAAAAAAAACAAACAAAAAGCAACCCCCCCCCCCACUUUAUUUUCAAAAGUAGCUAGGAAAAAAUAAAACAACAGCCAACCAAUCCAUCCCAACCCAACCCCAGAAGGGCUGAAACCUCGCCUUCCUCAGAGCGGGGCAUGGCAUCGAACAGCAUCUUCGAUUCCUUCCCGACCUACUCGCAGACCUUCAUCCGCGACCCGAGCACCAGCCGCCGCUUCACACCUCCCUCCACGGCCUUCCCCUGCGGCGGCGGCGGCGGCGGCGGCGGCGGCAAGAUGGGCGAGAACAGCGGCGCGCUGACCGCGCAGGCGGCCGUGGGCCCCGGCGGGCGCGCCCGACCCGAGGUGCGCUCGAUGGUGGACGUGCUGGCGGACCACGCGGGCGAGCUCGUGCGCACCGACAGCCCCAACUUCCUCUGCUCCGUACUGCCCUCGCACUGGCGCUGCAACAAGACGCUGCCCGUCGCCUUCAAGGUGGUGGCGCUGGGGGACGUGCCAGAUGGAACGGUGGUGACAGUGAUGGCGGGCAACGACGAGAACUACUCCGCUGAGCUGCGCAACGCCUCGGCCGUCAUGAAGAACCAGGUGGCCAGGUUCAACGACCUCCGCUUCGUGGGCCGCAGUGGGCGAGGUAAGAGUUUCACGCUGACCAUCACCGUGUUCACCAACCCCACGCAAGUGGCCACCUACCACCGCGCCAUCAAGGUGACCGUGGAUGGACCCCGGGAGCCCAGACGGCAUCGGCAGAAGCUGGAGGACCAGACCAAGGCGUUCCCCGACCGCUUCGGGGAACUGGAGCGUCUGCGCAUGCGGGUGACGCCCAGCACGCCCAGUCCCCGGAGCUCGCUCAGCACCACCAGCCACUUCGGCAGCCAGGCCCAGACCCCCAUCCAAGGCACCUCGGAACUGAACCCCUUCUCCGACCCCCGCCAGUUCGACCGCUCCUUCCUGCCGCCCCUCACGGAGAGCCGCUUCCCCGACCCCCGGAUGCAUUAUCCAGGGGCCAUGUCGGCCGCCUUCCCGUACAGCGCCACGCCCUCGGGCACCAGCAUCAGCGGCCUCAGCGUGGCCAGCAUGCCGGCCACCGGCCGCUUCCACCACACCUACCUCCCGCCGCCCUACCCGGGGGCCCCGCAGAACCAGAGCGGGCCCUUCCAGGCCAACCCGUCCCCCUACCACCUCUACUACGGCGCGUCCUCGGGCUCCUACCAGUUCUCCAUGGUGGCCGGCAGCGGAGGCGGCAGCAGCGGGGGCGACCGCUCCCCGACCCGCAUGCUGGCCUCCUGCACCAGCAGCGCCGCCUCGGUCGCCACCGGCAACCUCAUGAACCCCAGCCUGGGCGGCCAGAGCGACGGCGUGGAGGCCGACGGCAGCCAUAGCAACUCGCCCACCGCGCUGAGCACGCCCGGCCGCAUGGACGAGGCCGUGUGGCGGCCCUACUGACCGCCCGCGGCAGGGUGGACGGCUCUCACCGGCAGCGCGCGGCGGAGGGGAGAGACCCCCAAGAACCUUCCAGACAAGCGCGGCGGGCCCAGCUCCAAGGCUCAGGGCACCAACUGGACUUAAUGCUCCGGGGCAGUCAUGGGCCCCAGACGGGUCCACCGUCCCAGGGGGUGGCCCCGGAGCUGGUGGUUGGCUCUAAGAGCGUCUUAUCCCAGAGCCACGUCUUUGUACAGAGGGGUUGGGACCUCUCCCAGGACCCCGCCCCCAGCCCAGAUCAUCUCAUCCCACGUCCCUGUGGGAGAAGUCCCCUCCUGCCACCCGCCCACCCCCGCCCCCUGCCCAGGGUGACCCGGCUGUGCCCAGCUAUGCCCACUGCUGUCAGGGGCCCAGGCCCCCUGGACAGAGACCAUCUCUUUCCCAAAGAGAGGUGGUGUUUGCCCACAUGGUUUGCCCUCUUAUCCACAGAGCCCUAGAAAGA